UCUCUCUCUCAUUCAUUCCUACACAUAGGCUCACACACCUCCUCUCUCCUUUCUUUCUCUCUCUCAGAAUGACAAUUCUGGGUACAGCUUUUGGUAUGGUUUUCUAUUUACUUCAAGCCGUUUCUGGAGAAAGUGGCUAUGCACAGAAUGGAGAGUUUGAAGAUGCUGAGCUGGAUGACUAUUCAUUCUCUUGCUACAGUCAGUUGGAAGUGGAUGGAACCCAGCACUUGCUGACCUGUGCUUUUGAUGACCCGGACGUCAACAGCACCAAUCUGGAAUUUGAAAUAUGUGGGGCCCUUUUGAAUGUAAAAUGCCUGACUUUUGAUAAACUGCAAGAGAUGUAUUUCAUUAAGACAAAGAAAUUCUUACUCAUUGGAGACAGCGAAAUACAUGUGAAGCUUGGAGGAAAGAACAUAACUUCCAAGAAAUUGAACAUAGUCAAGAUAGUUAAACCUGAGGCUCCUUUUGACAUAAGAGUCAUCUAUCGCGAGGGAGCAAAUGACUUUCUGGUGACAUUUAACACAUCUCACUCACAAAAGAAGUAUGUGAAAGAAUUAAUGCAUGAGGUAGCCUAUCGCCAGGAAAAAAAUGAAAAUGACUGGAUGCGUGUGAACUUAUCCAGUACAAAGCUGACCCUCCUACAGAGAAAGCUACAACCUGAUGCAAUGUAUGAGAUUAAAGUCCGGUCCAUCCCUAAUGCCAACUAUUUUCAAGGCUUCUGGAGUGAAUGGAGUCCAACUUUCCACUUCAGAACUCCAGAGAUCACAGGGAGGAUGGAUCCUGUUUUACUAACUAUUAGCAUUCUGAGUUUCUUCUCUGUGGCUCUGAUGGUCAUCUUGGCCUGUGCGUUAUGGAAAAAAAGAAUUAAACCUAUUGUGUGGCCCAGCCUCCCCGAUCAUAAGAAGACUCUGGAACAGCUGUGCAAGAAACCCAAAAAGAAUUUGAAUGUGAGUUUCAAUCCUGAAAGCUUCCUGGACUGCCAGAUUCAUAAGGUGGAUGGCAUUCAAGCUAGAGAUGAAGCAGAAAGCUUUCUGCAAGACACUUCUCCUUCACAACUAGACGAGUCUGAGAAGCAGAGGCUUGGAGGGGGUAUGCAGGGCCCCAUCUGGCCAUCGGAGCAUGCAGCCAUCACCCCAAAAGCUUUCAGAGGAGAUUCACCCUUUGGAUGCCUGGCUGGGAGCAUCAGUAUGUGUGAGGCCCUUGUGCAACCCUCUUCCAGGUCCCCAGACUGCAGGGAAGGCUGCAAGAAUGGGCCUCAUGUGUACCAGGGCCUGCUGCUUGGCCCUGGAACUACAAAUAGCACCGUGCCCACUCCAUCUACUUUCCAGUCAGGAAUCCUGACACUGAACCCAACUGCCCAGGGACAGCCCAUGCUCACUUCCUUGGGAUCAAGUCAGGAAGAAGCAUAUGUCACUAUGUCCAGCUUCUACCAAAACCAGUGAAUUGUCAGAAACACAGGACUGGAACCAUGAUGACCCACAAAGAUGACUAAGCUCCUACUUACUUCCCCUUGCAGCACAAAGAAGAAAAAAUUAAUGCCAGCCCUCCAUAUAAUCUACAGGAUUCAGAAACAUAGCUUGGACCACUCCUCCCCACUCCAGGGCAUUUGGCUUGAGGCAGGAGCACUCUGCUUCAGGCAACCCAAAUUAGUCCAUUAUUUCAGAAAGAAAAAGAAGCAGGAAAGAAUUAAAGAAAGGAUAGGGAAGAGGAGGGAAGGGGAUGGAAGGUAGGAGGAGGGCAAGGGAAGACAGAGGGAAAGGAGAACAGCGCUGAUAGCUACCAUUACUAGGACUCACUGUGUAUCCUGUGCUCUACACAGCUUGUCUCCCUGCAUCUUCAUGGUAAUCCUGGGCACUGGGGCAAUUGUUAUUAUUAUUAUUAUUAUUCUCUUUUCUAAUAGAUGAUGAAACUGAGGCUUGGGGGCGUUAAGUAACCUGUCCACUUUGUCCCCACUCAGCGUGGAGUUUGAUGGCUGUAGUCUAACUGUGGUUUCCCCCGCCAAGCCAUAUGCCUUCCCCUUGACUAGAGGCUAUCCCAUUCACAAGUGCCAAACCUCACUAAUAACGAACGGGUGACUAUAAAAUUUAUUGUCCAAAUUGGGUCACUUUUGAAAGUGAAAGGGGAAGUUAUAAAUACUCAUUCCAGGACAAGCAGCAUAAGCCAGGAUUUUCCUAGACACAUAGGGAAAUGGCCACCAAAACGAGAAAAUGCUAAGAGAAAGAAAGGGUCAUAUAGUAUGUGAACUACCAUGACCAGCCAUGUCUACGAAAACUGAAGAAGGCAAGAAAAAACCACGAAUUCUAUUUGAUUUUGUUUUUUCUGAAAAAGGAAAAGCCCAGAAUUUCUAUUGUUAGUUAUCAAGGGCAUGAUUCUCUUGCUACCACGACUCAGCUGCAUCCACCGAUAAUAGAAGAAUCUGUUGCCAGCUCUGGACACAGGGGCAUUUGAGCAAUAAGCCAGGAAUAACUUUAUAUCUGUGUAGAUACUGCCCCAACCCAAAUGUGUCUACAGACUGUCCUGAGUUUUAUGGCCUUGUAUCUUGCCACAAGCUUCAGGGAGAACUAUAAGCAUAUGCAGUGAAUGAGCCCGACUUGGCCCUGUUCUUGAAGAUAAAGAUGAUCUGACAUGUGUCCUCUUGCAUUUCUUGGUCUAGAUGAAUUUCUAGUGACUAUCUCAAACCAAGUCAAGGCAGCUGAGAAAUUGCAACCCAGGGGAGAACAGCAGAGUCCUCUCCCACAGGCCUCCAGCCCUUGGGUACAUGCAGAACCACACAGGGCAGCUGAGGCACAGGAAAUCAUGAAGGGCAUAGAUCCAGGGUUUGGCUUGGUUUUGUUCAGGGGUUUGUUGCUGUUGUUGUUGUUGACAUUUUGUAUCUUUUUGUUCUGUUUUUAGUUU